CAGGGCCAGCAGAGGGCACCAGAGCCCAGGGCCAUGAGUACAGAGGGGCCGUGCUCGGGGAAGCCUGCCCCCAAAGCGCCCCCCGAAGCGCCAACAUGUUGCGCCCCCCUCUCUGGGCAGAAGGUGCUCCAGGACUUUCAGAUCCUGGUCCACAAGGUGGGAGGCCGGCCUGAGGUGCUGCUGGUCGGGGAGACCCUGGAGGGCAAGGACAUCUACGGCCACAUGGCCUCCUUUGUGCGGGACCUCUUCUCCGCCCCCUGCCACCCCGUCAGCCCCGCGGACGCCCUGAAGGAGCCCUGCGCCGCCCCCUGCUCCCUAGGCGGCAAGCAGUGCCAGCUGAUCUUCUUCCUCUGCCGCGCCUCCUGCCUGAAGUCCAAGCCGGCCGAGCUGCGCAGGGUCCUCAAGGAGCUGAAGCGCUUCGUCCAGCAGUCGCCCUGCGCCGUGGUGGGCAUCCUCACGGACCCCACAAAGGGGGAGGCCGAGGAGGCCCGCGACCAGCUGCUGCGGAUGCUGCGGGGGGUCUUCCCCAAGGCGCCGGCCUCCAAGCGGGGCAGGCGGGCGGCCCCCGGCAAGAGGGACCUCGGCACGGCUGGCGACGGCAAGGGCAGGCCGAUGGAGCUGGAGGACGUGGAGGUGGAAGCGGAGGUCUACGUGCCGGGCUACCCGCGGGGCAACUUGGCGAUCAUGAAGGCGGCCUGCCGGGCUUCGGCAGCCGUGGCCAGAGGUUCUUCGUGGACGUCCAUCCUCGUCAAAAGCCUCCUGGGGACAGUGCUGGUGGCCGGCAUGGCUUCUGCCGCGGGGUGGUAUUUCUAUGAUCAAGGCAUGAUCCCGCCUGACCUUCUCCCUGGAGCCCUCUUUGCUUCUGCCUGAGAUUCCAAAGUCAUCUGGAUUUCAGCGGUCCUGGACCUGCACAAUAAAAUCAACAGCAUGGUGCUCA